AGAUUAAUGAAAAAAGCAAACAUCUAUUUAAUGGUUAAGGAUCAUCAUUUCUUCUCAACAGGGCGGUCUUAUACAAACUUCUUUUAAAGGAUACGAUCAUACAAAUUCCUCCAAAUAAAAACAUCAUAACAAAGUCAGCAGUUCGUCCUCUGAAUGAUCCUUCUUCCAACAUCCGACAAUAUCGGUAUGUAAAAAUCAUAUUGAAGAAGAAGUUAAAUCCCAAGGUGCCAAAGAAUAAAAAUGUUGUAACUAGACGCCACAACUGAUAUUGUUUCACAAUCAAUAUUGGGUUGAAGUAAAGUUGGAAAGGUGACACCAAAUCUAAUUGUACAGCUAAGGUGGUAAUACAACAAGCUGUUGUAUAGGCCCUUGUUACUACUGGCAUCUGUAAAUACUCUUGACGGAAUGUUUGAUACGCCAUGGCUUCUCAAUUAACUUUUACACUUCACAAUAUCAUAUUCUGACCAACAAAAAACUACAUCAGUCGCUGGUACCGCACUGAAUACACCUAUUCAUGUUCACGCGAACAAGUCACACAUCAGCUGGUACACGAACAUCCCAAGGCAGCCAAUUUCGACGUGAAAAUAUUUGAAAGUGAUCGUGGUUGGCAUCACAAUGCUGAACCAAGAGAAAAAUUUUCAUAUUGGUGCUAUUGCUUGAACCGGAAUAUACCAUGAAUAAAAACAUAACAAUACAUGGUUCCUCCUAUUUCCUGUAACCGUACUUGUAAACCAGUGCGUGAUACCAUUUUGUCUGCGAUAAUUUUAUUUACGUAAUAACGUACACUCUGCGAAAUUGAUAUACAACUACUGCAUUAAAGAACAGACUCGGAGACUUUUAUUUAAAAGUUGGGUUAUUAGAAUAUAAUCACAAAGAAAUUUUAUGAGUUGGUCAUCCUGAUUUCACUUCCCUUUUUCUGUGCACUUGAAGCUGAAGGGUUGUGAUGAACAUGCUUGCGCGAAUAAGUUUGGGGAGGGGUGCGGGGAUGUAGGGAAGUAAUGACAAGUUGAAGUGCAGCUAUAUAUACCGGCGUAGAUUGGAGACUAUUUGUGUUUGAACUGUGCAAUUGCGAAUGUUCAAUGAAAACCAGGUUUUAUUAAGGGAACGUUAGUGAUGGAUGACAGCGGAACGACUAAACAACGUAGUACUUUGCUUCCUAAUUAAUACAUGUGUUUGGUGACUAUUGUUUUACCACAGAUUAUGAGAAAAUUAUUCAGACCAUUGAUAUUGACGAGAAUGUAAUCGUACGUACAUUUACGGAAUUAUAAGUACAUGCUUUCCACAAAUACGAAAUAUCUUGACAUCCCACUUUUAUAAUAAGGGCGCGUGUUAAUAUAUUUUUUCAAUCAUGGGCGAAUCUGGAAAUGACAGCGAAGCAGAAACCCAGGAGAUGCUUAAAGCAUUGUAUGAUUUCAAGGCAACAUUUGCAAAAACGUUAAGCUUUCAUGAAAAUGACCUUUUCAUUUUGCACCAUUCUAAUACUAAACAGAGAAAUUGGUGGCAAGUUAUCAAUGAGAAGGGCCAAGUUGGAUAUGUACCAUCCAAUUAUGUGACAGCUAUCCAGGUCAGCCCACAUUAUUGGGUAGAAUUUCUGAAUGGAUGUUUGGAGGCAUUGAAUAAUGAAAGUGCAAAGAGUGGAGGCAGUUUACCUUCUGACCGUCAAGAUUUACUUCAAAAGUUGAUGGAACGUCGAAGGCUGGCCAGUAUCAUGUGCACUCCCAGUAAACGUCGGCAUGCACCUGUACCCCCAGAUUUUUCAGAUGGAGCAGCCACUCCAAUUCAGAGUUAUCCAGAUGGAAAUGUCCAACCAACUAUCAGUGCUACUUCAUAUGUUACUGCACCAGCUUUGUUGCAGACAUCACAGAAAAGCGCAUCGCUUGAGAAGAUUGCAGGAGAUCAAUCUUCAAGCUACAUUGAAACACACACUAAACUGACAGAACGUAAAGGUCAAAAGCAUUCUCGUAGUCAUCCCCAUGGGCAACAAUCUGGUCCAAAAAAGACAACAUCAACUCCAGUUUUUAAAACAGGCCGAAAAACUGAUGGUCAGGAAAAUGAUUCAUUAAUAGCAUUAGCUCCUCAAGAUUCUUCUGGUUCUGUGGCUUUAAAUGUAGACACAGGUUCUCAAUCUGCUUAUAUGUUAGUAGAUCAGGUUCGUCGACAUACACAGCUAAGUCAUGAGCUUUCACGAGUGGCAGUGGCAGUUGUUAUUGCUGGUGUACGAGACUUGGUUGGAACCACUCCAGAACUAAUAUCUCCCCUUUCCGCUAUUUUGGAAAGCGUCCAAGGUCCUCUAAAAGCCCCAGCCCCUCUUCUUGAGGAUUCACAUGAUGCCCGCAGGCUACGUCUCAUCUUUUCUGAGCUAACACAAUGUAAGGAAGACUCCCAACAACGUAGUUGGAUGUUGUAUGAAGAUGAGGCAACCAUUAUUGAGUACAUCAAAGAACUGACGUCUAUUCUGAAUAAUGCUGAUGCAGCUAUUUCCCGACACAUAGUGGCAGCUGACCAGUAUUCUGGAGUAAGCUCAUUAGCACAAUAUUACCAAAUGGAAACACGUUGGUCUAUUCGUCAAUUGCUUUUGCAAGCCUUUGGUGUAAUAUGCAGUCUUGAUGCAACCGCUCAGACUCUUUUGCUUAAUUCUGUUCUACCCAUGGAACUUGCAAGGGACAUGCGGAGCAAUCCUCGGAACAUGCCUAGACUGAAUUACUCUUCACUUCUCUUGACAAUGUUGUUUUCAAUGGGUGAACCAAUACCUAUUACACAUCUUGAGCACCUUGGUGAAGAUUUUAUUACGUUUCUUUUUGAUUUAAUGGAGUCUCCUCCUGAUACAGAUGUUGAAGAACAAAUUCCUGACUUGUUCCUAAAUCUUAUACUGUCAUACAAUCUUCAAUUCAAGUCAUUCACUGAAAAUAUUAUGCUAAAAUCUUUAUUGAAAAGAUCUAUUGCAAAAACAUUUACAGAGAAGAUAUUACUUCUGCUCAAUAGGGAAGAGGAUCCUGUACGAAGUUCAUCAUUGGGUGGCGAGCUGUGUCCUCCCGGCGGUCAAGACCUUUCUCGCGGGAGCGGCGACCUCGCGCCCCGGCGUUUGGCGAAGCGUGGUGUGGUCGGCGGCAAGCAGCGCCUCACCUCACCCCUUUGCCCUUCAGCAAGGCCGCCGGGCGCUGCGCGCGGGGCGCCGUUCCCGGUGGUCACGACCCUGGUUACAGGGGUGGCGGUCAUCGGCCGGCUGCGUAUCGCCUCAUCCCUUUGCCCAUCAGCAAGGCGGACAGCUCCGCGAGCUACCGGGUGGCAACGGCGUCGAUGCGGCGUGGUGUCAUCAACGGGCGCCAAGAGCGCUGGUCAGGGCAUCGGUGGCACGAGAAGAAGGCAAUAUUUGGAGUUAUGUCGGCUUGUUAUGCGCAAUACACCGUAUCAUGAACAUCAUCACAGAAGAGAUGAACUACUUAAAUGCUUUACAAGGAUAUUUUGUGAAGAAACAGAUGCGAGUCGCCAUGACCAGCAAUUAGUGCGGGAAAUCUCCAAUGAAUUUCCUCAAUACUUCAAGGCGUAGUCGUUUACUGUUUGCAAUUGUUUUUUAAAUAUAUUUUAAUCAUAUCUUUUAUAUGUAAUUUUUCCUACUUGUGUCGAUUUUGCUAGAAAAAUGGUUUACUUGAAUAUGUGAAAUAAUCUUAGUUGCCCGCAAAGUAUACACGUGUGACUUCGCAGUAGUUUUGAUUUAUCUUGAGAUCCUGUCUGUCUGUCUGUUACACUGCGGUCUGAAAAGAAUCCUCACUUCGUUAUAUUAAGUGAAUUGCCAUGUUUCAUUUAAAUGAGUUAGUUUUCCUAGAUUGUUAAGAUUUUUAUAACACUAUAUCAUUUAAAAGUAGGUAUUUUAUUUUAUUAGUGUUCCAGAUGUUACUUCUCUGGAAAAUUUUCUGCAUAUAAAAAUAUAAAUUAGAAAAAGUCAAUACAAAAGGAAAAUUUUGUUGACAAUUUUGGUUUAAAUGUAUCAAUUUCUAAAUUAUUAGAAACAAGCACCUGUACCUGUAACAUUGUUAAACCAGUAGUUGGCAUAACAGUGCUCUCUUGAGCCUCAUGUUAACGCAAAGUCCUUCUCUUGUAAGUCUGGAGUGAAAACAUUUCACAGUGAGUUUGAAGUUGACAAGCUUUAAAUUUGUUGUUGUUGUUGAAAGCUUUGUGUAUUAUGUCACAUCUGUCUCUUUUCAACUUGUAAUCUAAAAAUUCCCAUUUGAGUUUACCACAAUUGUUGUUUUAAAAGUUGCCUGUCUUAUUACGGAGCGAAAGGAGUCUUGGAACAAUUUUUGACCGUAGUGAAUUUCAGAUGAUUUAGGGCAAUUAUUCUCCUAAUUUCUUGUAUAUUUAGGAAGAUUGUUCAUUGCUUUUAUUCAAAUGUGCUAUAUAUUUUGUUUAUUUGUAUGUAUUUCAUUGUUGCUAUUUAUUAUUCUAAGUAAUGAGUUUUAGAAUAUUUUAUUAUUGUACAAGUUAUACAAUGUAUUCAAGAGCUGCCAAAUGCGUAUAUUUUAUUGUAUAGUAUUCAGAUCUCCAGUGUUUUAUUUAAAGUAGAAGACUUAAAUACAAAUAAUUUGCUAGAACUAAAUCAUUACUCUUUAAGAUAAUAAUGUGAAAUCUUUUGUUGAUGUUUAUUUUAUAUAUUUUCCAAGGAAGAAUUUGCUAGUCACCUUUAUCCAAUGAUAUGUUUUAGUUUCUAGUCUUCAAGAAGCAAGCUUGUAUUUGAAGAAUACCAAUAUAUUCUUGUGAUUCUUUGUGACAUAUUGUGUUAUGAAGGUAAUAUUAAUAACUAUCCUCAGGUUUGUUUCCCAGAUAUUUGCCAUAAACGGCAAUUAAGCCUAGUAUCAUGUUGAUAGUGUGUAAUGCAUGUAUUUCAAAUGAGGUUUCCUUCCUGUGAUAUGGAUCUUAGUAAAUCUUUAAAAGUAAUAUUAAAAAAUUUGGUACACUUAGUGUGUAUGUAUCAAUCAUUAUUUACUAACAUUGGUAUAUUUGUUAAAAUUAAAUGGUCUAUAUAAUGUUAUUAUAUAUUCUGAACAGCAUUAAUAAGUAAAUUUGACAUCUUUCACAAUCCGUAUAAAUGUGCAUCAAAACAUUGUUCAUAUUCAGACCUUUCAUCAUUGAAAAAACACUUCAGUAUAGCAAAUGAGGUUCUGUAAUGUUAUAUAAAUAAUUAUAGACUGUUUCUGAAAAGCAUAUUGCAAUGAGGAUAAACAGUGACAUUUGAGGCGUAGUUAUUACUUUUAAUGUUCAAUGGCCAUUGAGAUUUCAUAACUUCUGUAUAUUGUGUAUGUAUACAGUAUUGUUGUUGAUUACAUACAAAGUGAGAAAUGAUUUUUCUUGCCUACAAAAUAAGCUUGUUUCCAAAUGGUUCUACACAAAUAGAGAGAUAUAGAGAAACCAUGUUGCAAUUAUUAAAAUUGUAUUUUAUCAAUUUUGUGGAUUUGUACCUACUACAAUGUAAAUUAUUUGUCACCCUUUUUGUGAAACCUUCAUCAUUCAUUAAUCCUUAUAUUUGUAUUUAGUUUCAUUUAUUUUUUGUGUUUUCGGCUUUAAACCAAAGAACUCUGGAUGCUGUGAUUCACUGUGAUUUUUAACUUUUGAAAUUUCAUUUCAAGAUGGGUAAGUACAAACAACUAUUGAAAGUGGAAAGAUCAACCUUUCUAUGUAUUUCUACUAGUGCAAUGAUUGCAAUAGUAUCAUUUUGUAAUAUAUGUUGAAUAUGAAGUAUGCAGGUUGCAAUACUCUAUGAGUAACAUUGUUUUCUCUAGUGUAUAUAAAUAAGUAAAGUUCUUUCUUGUUUAAUUUUACUAGAAAGGUCAAAACUUUCACUGCUCUAAUAAAAAAAAUUAGUUCCAUGGACUUGUUUAACAAUAAUAUAUCAAUAUUAAUUUCAUUUUCUUUUUUAUUUGUUAAACAACCUUUUUUUUGGAGGGGGGGAUAAGAUGGAUAAAGUAAAUGGCUUUAUUACUGUUAAUUAUUGGAAAUUCUUCACUGUUGAUGCUAUCAAUUGAAAUAGUUAUUAGAAAAUUCAAGGCAUGAUGAAUUCACUGAUGAAUAUGUAGUAAACAAGAAUAAUUUUAUAUGUAUUAAAAUGUUGAGAACAGAUUCAACAGACUAUUAAAUUCACAAAGGUGACCCUUUGAUGCUUGAAUUUCAUAAAUUUGUUUUUGAACCUUUUGAAUUUGCUAAUUUGCAAUACUUAUCUUCAUUUGUAAUUACAUAAUUAAAAUCAGAUUUGAUAAAUCAAGAUCAUAAUUGAAAUUUACAUUUGAAUUAACUAAUUUGCAAUACUUUGGCGAGUGCUGUAUUUAUUUUAGCAAGAUUGUGAGGGGAAAUCGUAGUGUUUUUAUUAUUACUUGUAAUAUUUUUCUAUGCCAAGAAAAGUGAUAAUAUCUGCAAUAAUAAUGCAUAGUUUAGCUAUUAGUCGUCUUGUGUUUUAUCCUUUUGAAUGACAGUCUCAUGCCACAUACAAGUUGUGAAGUAAAUGGAAUCCAAUGGAUGAAGUGGCCUUAUCUCACUGAGAUCUUGUGAUGAUUCAACUCUGAAUCACUAUCUAAGAACAUUAUGAAUUAGUAUGAGAAAAUGAGUAGAAGUACUUUUCUUUCCAACAUCUAAUGUGUAAAAUUAAAUUGAUAUUUUAUCAAUAUCCUGUCCAAACACUCUUAGCCAGUCAUUAAGAAUCAGAAUGAGGCUAUUUUGAUGGGGAUUGUUGUACUGUCUCUUCAUAUAAUGAAUGAUAUUGAAACAAAUUUUUGAGGAAAUGUACUUCUUUGUCUACCUUUGAGGGAAUAUUGUAUGCACUAAUUCGGCUGUCUUUUCAUUAAGAAUGUGAUAUUUGCAAAAUGGCUCUGGUACUGUGGUAUGGUUGAAUCAAUCUUCUAGGAAAUUUUGAUCAACUCUUCAAAAAUUAGAUGAAGUGAAAUUGCUAAUACUAUUUAUAUCAGUUGGAGUAUUUUUAAAGAGAUGUAUAGUUUUACUUAGUCUGAGCUGCAAUAUCUUCUGCUGUUUUUAUUUUAAUAUUGCAAUUUUUAGCAUUUUCUACUUUGAAACUUUAACUAAGAAAAAGUUAAUUAUUGUAGGUUAAAAAAAAUAUAUUAUGUGUACUAAAAUUUACUUUCAAACCAGGAGUUAUUGUUAUAUCUAUAGUCAUGUAAUUCAAAUUUUUGAAUAUUAAUUUUUAUGAUUCUUGUAAAACGUAAGAUAUCUAAUGUAGUGUUGCAGUUUGAAGAAAUGCAUGGCAGGUAUAUUUCAGCUCAUAAUUUUUUUAAUUUUAUUAUUUUAAAAUGUAUGAAUAUGUAUGGAGAGUCUAAAUUUUGAAUACCUGUUUAUUAAAAAUGAUAUUGAAAGUAGAACGUUGCAUGGAAUAUGAAACAAGAUUACAUUUUUAAUAUUACUUUUUUAUUUAUAUAUUAAUUUCCCCAUCAUUGAAAUAACAGAUUCUGAUCCAAUUGACCAAGAUCCAACUAGGUACCCUGAAUGGAAAUGUAAUGUAGUAUGAUGCAAUUUUCUAAUAAGUGAAGAAAUUGGUCCAAAUAUUAAUCUCUGAUAAGGUUAAAAAUGUCCACUUAUUAUUUUGACAUUAAUGUACAGAUAAAGCUCUCUCAGUAAUCUUAAAUGAUGUUCAAAUGCAAUGCAUUGGGUCUGUGAUAGUCAUAGUUUGGUAAUGAAAAAAAAUCUUUCCUUUUUAUUACAACUUCUGUGAACUAAGGUUUAUCAGAAAGUAGGUUAUAUAUAAUAGUUAAAUAAUACUAUGAUAAAAGAAGUAACUACAAUAUUUAUGCCAAUAGUCUCAUCAAAGAAUGGAAGAAACCAGUAAAACAAGACCUUCAACUUCACAAAAAACAAACUAUACAAACAGGGCUAUUUACAUAUCAAAUAAUUUUCAGAAAUCAGAAGAUGAACUCCAUGCAUU